CGGUAAACCUGCCAGUGCGUUGCAGACAACAACGCAAACCGAGCGAACAUGGCGUCGCAAAAGGCCGCCAAAUCAAAGUCCUCUGGGACUGUGAGGAGUCGUACAGGGUGCCAGACUUGCCGCGCACGCAAGCUGAAAUGCGACGAGGCAAAGCCGAUCUGCGGACAAUGUCUAAAGUCGCACCGCGACUGUGUGCGCUCCGAGCCAAUCACCUUCCGCCACCACCAGAACUCGAGUUUUGGCAAAGAUGGCCAAGAACAUUCACUGGACAGUUUCUUCAAGUAUAGCCAAACGUAUAGUGAAGACGAUCUGAAGUCGUUUCUGCCGGUACCACAACAACUGACUUGGAUCCAUGUCGCCGACCCGAAUGCAGACGAUGCGAACGCCGUCACCCCUCCUCGCACUCCUACCACCUCUGACAUGGUCCAGCAAGUCGCAGCUCACACUUUAGAAGCUCUAUCGACCGCAGCCGCUGACCAGACCUCAUAUCCACCCCAAGGCACUGCCUACUAUACAACAGCAAACCCUGCAACAGAAUCUCACCCUGAAUACGGAUUCGUGCAAGCUGAACCCAGUAGCUCUACAAGUGGUGGUCUCUCCAGAAACAUUCACUAUUAUCUCAGCAAUUCGUCUCCUCAGAAUCAGACCGACGCCUCCUUGAUCGACCCGAAUCUUGAGUCCACUGUGACCGCCAAUUCACAAGAAGGCGGGCAGCAGGACGCGCCGCGUGACACAAAAGAGCAGAGCGAGGAUAACGCACCAAAAGUAGAAGACCCGUUGACUGAUGCCGACACUAGGGUCGCUAUGGCGCUCAGAACCUUUAACGAGCUACAAACAUAGGGCUCAAGGACGAUUUUGGAGAUACGAUAGAAGGCCAUGAUGGACAUGUCAUGAUAGAAUCAUGUCAAGCCAACAUGAAGAUAUUGAAUGAUGAUUUUCAUUACGGGAGCGACGGACGGCAGGCGCUAGAGAGGGCAUCACGGGGCUUUGAACGAGCGAAAAUACCGUCAAAUGAUCUAGGCACAGAACACUCCACCCAGUUGGGCGAUUGAGGCUGGUCCUAGAACGGGAUGUGUCAACCCAUUCGGAGGCGGUUAACGACUGUACUACUAGCUUUGACACAAAUGGAGAGGGCAACUUCGUGCCGAGC